GUCGUUGCGAAGAAAGAAGAAAGCUAGGCGGUUGAAUAAGGGCGGGAGCAGUAAGUGUCUGCGCGCGCACUUCGGAGCACGCUGCUCCCGGUGGCUCGAGAGGCGGCCGCGUGGUCGGACCGCUUCAGUAACUCCGAAACCUCCGAGCGGGUGAGUCACGUCUGAUUUCGAUCCUGAAGAAUACCUCGAGACGCUCCAAAACAGACUUUUUAUACGUGUAAUUCGACACUUGUUUUCGUCAUCCAUACGUCAACUGCUCCGUAUCGAGAUCGACUUUAUUAUCCGAAGGCAAAAAAAAGUGUACAGAAUUUCUGUCAGUGAACGUUCCAUUCGCUGUUUACAAAUAUACGAGGAUCGCUCCAAUUUCGGGUCGCUAAGAGAGGUCCGAUAGAUCGUUCGGGACUGGUUAUCGUUAGUGUCGUUCGUGAGCAGCCUGAGACCACUAUCUGGAACUGUAUUACCGAAAGCUUGAUUAAGAAAACAGUGAUUUCUCUAUUCCUCUAACUGUAUCGAGUCUUCCAGCGAGGGACAAGUGACUGUAAAACGGAGUGUCGUUUUUCCAAGUGAUGUCCUCGGUUUGAUCGACCGCUCUAAUCGAGUUCCCGCGUAUUUUUCACACAGCAACGCCAUGAAGGCGUUUCGUUUGGCAGCGAUUUUGGCCGUGCUGGUGACGAUGGUCGCUUCGGAGCCAACCGAUUUCGCGCGAUCGAGACUAAGAAUCCUCAAGUGUUGUCGCGACAAAGAGGAGCUGGUGAAAACGUCCGACGGCGACGCUGACACUGCGACCCGUUGCGAAGCCACCGCGAACGUGUGGAAACCCUUCAUCUACUCGCCGUCCCGUCAGACGAUCCUGUCCAAUCCGCCUCCGGAGUGGAACAUCGUUCAGGGGAGGAAGCCAGAGUGCGGGGACAACUCUGUGCUGACCUUCGUGCCCUACAGAAGCACGAAUCCGUUCGUGCUUUUGGACGAUGGACAGGCAAUCCUCGAUGUCCACGCAGAUGACAAGUUCGAGCCCGAUCAGUACUGCGUGGACGCGAACGCUCUGUUGGUGUGCGUGCAGAAGAGAAUCGAGGGAAAUCACGCUGCAGCGACCAUGAGGCCCAGGGUUCGUCGGUGCUGCGACGAGGACGCGGCUUUUCACGAGGAAAUACACACGUGUGCUGAGCUAAAGGAAGCUGCAGACGCCACGCCGUUGUUACCGAACGCAUCCUCCGCCGUCGAGAUCGUGUCAGGAUUCCCAACAUGUCCACGUUCGGACAACUUCACGAUUUUGGGGGACGCGAAGGAUGCCGUGUUACUGCCAGACGGUGGCUUGGAAAUAGACGGGGUCACGUUACCUACCGGCCAGUUCUGCGUCGAGAGGAUCAAAGAAUUGAACCAGGUGGUCAAGGUGUUCGCCUGCUCGGAGCAUGCAUCGCAAAGACCGAAGAUCCAGGCGGCCGAUAUCAGGUUCACCUUGUACCCCGUGGGCUUCAUCAUUAGCGCGGUCUUCCUGGCAGCAACGUUGGCUGCUGGCUGGUUGUUGCCCGCCUCUCAUCACGUCCUGCAUUGGCGUUGCCAGACUCAUCAUGUCGCCUGCCUGAUGCUUGGUGAUCUUCUCAUGGCCAUCAUUCAACUCGCAGGAGAUUCCCUGCACGGCGGAAGCUGCAAAGCGUUAGCAAUCAUGGCUCAUUUCUUCUUCCUGGCGGCGUUCUUCUGGCUGAACACGAUGUGCUUCAACAUCUGGUGGACGUUCAGGGACCUGAGACCAGCCAGCUUGGAGAAAGGCCAAGAGACCCUCAGACUGCGAGUGUACGGCUGCUACGCUUGGGGUGGUCCCCUCCUAGUCGCCGGGCUGGCCGCCCUUCUGGAUCAUCUUCCGCCUCAACCUCAGUACACAUUUCUCCGGCCUCGUUUCGGCGAGAAACAGUGUUGGUUCUACGGAGACAUGGAGAUCCUGGCGUACUUCUUCGGGCCCAUCGGCAUCCUCCUUGCAGUGAAUCUCCUGUUCUUUGCGGCAACUGCUCGCGAGCUGACGUGCGGCUUGUGGAAGGGUGAAUUCGUCAAGAGCACCACGGAAAGAGCUGCUCUGGGUCGAAUCUGCAUGAAGCUAGUAGUGGUGAUGGGAAUUACUUGGGUGGCCGACGUGAUCUCAUGGGUAGUCGGCGGACCUCAAUACAUCUGGUACUUCACCGACUUGAUAAACGCCUUCCAAGGCGUGCUGAUCUUCGCGGUGGUUGGCUGCCAGCCCCAGGUACGCGCAGCGUUGAAGAGGAUCUGCAACAGGAAUCCCAGAACCAACGCUGGGAGGCAGGGCAACGGGCUGAGCACCACCAGCCACGGGAUGCCCAGCAUGGGCGACAGCGUCACUCAGAAUCCAAGCACGAAGACUGCUCCGCUAGAAACCAUCUGCUAAACAACGUCGUCGAGUUUCCUUUAUUGAACGACUCUGUGGUCCGUCAGCUAAGUCCACAAACAAGGGAUUAACGAAACACGUUGGACGGGGCACAGACUUACUCGGAGGGGAUCGAUUCGAAGAUCCUUCGCGCGAAACUUCUUCGGACCAGAGGUUUCUCCGAUUGCUUUGGUUCAGGAAGUGGACAGGACACCGUAUACGAAUCAACGUGCUCAUCGGAGCGUAGCGAAGUCUAGACGCCGAGAUGGCGACGGUAGGUCGAGGAAACUGGGAUUUCCUAGUUUCUGGUGAAUACUCAGCACCUCGGUUUCAUCCUGUGACAGAAACGCUUUCAAAGACUUUUUGCACCGUGAACUCGAGCCAAUGAUACGUCACUGCUCGAUCAACGGAAGCUUCCUCGCUUGCUUGGCUCGGGAAGUGUACACUGUAUACGAAGCAACUGAACAUUCGCAUGUAUGCAUAGAGACGAGUAGACACCAAGCUCGUGGCGGUGCCACGAGGAAACUGGGAUUAUCCAGUUCCUCUGGUGACUGUUCAACACCCCACGAGAGCUACCUCGUUCUUGCUCCGUGAACUUCGACCAGAACUGUUAUCAUUCAGACACGACGGGUCUGAAGAAUUGCGAAUCACUGAUUUAUGAUCGUAGAUUAUCCACGAUCACUGUUUAUUCUGACAUUUGUGAGUGAUUGUUAUGAAAGUACCUACAAAGUAACUGCAAAGUAAUGACUGCCCAACUCUACACUGUAUACGAAGCAACUGAACGUUGUCGCUUAGGCGUGGAGAAGACCAGACGCCGAGGUAGCGACGUCAGAUCUAGCAAUCAGGGAUUUGCCAGUUUCUGGUGACUGGGUUCAUCACCAGAAACUUCACGAGAUACCAUUUAUUCGUCUGUAACAGAAACGCUUUCAGAGAGUUCUCGAUAGCUCUGCUACCCUCUGCUAUUCUAAUGGUCGCCAAUCUCAAGGCUACCAUGACCUUCGACCUAAAAUCCCCCAUCCCUUGGGUAAUCUAAUAGAGGUGGGCAAAACUAUAUCCAAGGUAACGAAUAGAAUUCAAGUAUGUGUCUGUUCGUAAUAUCAUUUAAUUUUAUAACUCGAACUUCAGUUUUUAUUCAAAUAACAAAUACACCUAAUAUCUAUUCGAGUCACGAGUAAAGGAUGGCUUACUUUUUACUCGUUACUCGCUAGAUUUAUCUAGGCAAGAGAUUUGCCCACCUCUAGGCCGAGGUCUGCGUCAGAAGGUCGUCGACCUUGACGCCAGAAAGUUCCCAGCAAGAAUCCGUCGCGCUGCUCGCCGCAGACGAGCGUCCCCGUGGACCAGGCACCGGAGCAAACGGUACCAACAGAGCCUGUCACUUUGAAUAGUUCAUUGUCUCGGUAGAACACAAUGGUAGCGCAGAGAAAACAACGCGAAGCGACAAAUAUUCAUAGAGGCUCGUCAUGGUUCGAGCCUCCAUGGGGAAAUCCCUCCCUUCGGUUCCAUCGCGGUUCGGGUUUGGGUUCGAAUCCUACUCUGAACUCUGCGCCGUCGAGGUGUCGAUCUUGAUAUCCUGGUGUCAGCGAUGAGCAAAAUUCUAUUCGAACAACAAAAAUACAGUGUAAGUCUUGUUUUAUUAGCCACACUUUGAGCGAAGUGGGUUAUAUACAGUGAACGUCGCUAAAGUAGCCAGCGAAGAUAACAAAUUUUGCUCAUCCCUGUCCAAGCUCAUCCGAGUAUAGCAACGAUGCAUAUUCGUUGCAAGGGAAAUAGAGCCGAAAGAUGACAGACGUGACGCGCAGUCAAACGCAGCUGGCCGAUCGGUUAUUUAUAAACGAGAAUUUAACGAGACGAUGCCCGGCCGAUACGAGACGCUACUACUUUGUUCGAAUUGUUAUUAAUAAACGGCGCCAGGCACCGGCGAGGUCGUUCGGGGGUGAAUUUUUCGCGUUACGAUCCCUGUCGGUGUUAAAUAUCGAGCAACGAUCCUGAGAUGAUUAAAAUCUCUGGUAACCCUUUCCGUUUGCUUUUAUGCAACGACUCGGCUCUUCCACGCCGUAGCUCGUUUAAUUUGUUCGUCAUUUUAGACACAGAGAAAAAGUUAGAGGGACCAGGUAACGACCACAAAAUUCGAGAUAAAUCUGGGAUAUGUUCGCGUAUGAGUUUGCGACCUCACAGUCACGGUAAGUUGUUGAGGGAGUGAGGAGAAAUCGGAACAACCUUGACCCGCGUUCACAAUCAUCGAACACACGAAUGGAUGAUCAAUUAAUUCCUCGCAUUCUUCCUCGCAUCGCCCCAGCUUCAUUAUUCAUCGGGCAUGCUCGGAGCCGCGAGCAAUCGCACUUCAAUUUCCUUUAGCAUAAAUUUGCAUCGGCAUCAAUUUUCUUUAACAUAAAUUUGCUGGCUGUAAUCUUGGUUCCUAUUAGCGCGCGGCAUUAGGGUUUUUUUUUUUUUUAAUUUCGAAGAUGAUCGCUCGCAGAAUGUAAACCCUACAAUCAUCCGGGUACAAGCGUGUGUUUAAUUAAAUUUAAUAUAGCCUGGUACAAGCGUGUGAUUAAUCCCUUGAUGACAGACGUGACAAAUGAUCCACAGUGUGUGGGUUAACAUUCCAAUAAUGAAAUAAGGUUUGAAUUUAUUAUGUAGAUCAUUUUGGGAAAAAUUCCAAUUUUAUUUAAAAUUUCGCGUAAGUAGUUUACUUUUAAACUCGUUUAAAACACCUGUCCUUAAAGAGUCAAUUAUCUUUGUUAAACGUCUCUACUUUGCGUUUGGGUUCUCUACAAUGUUCACUUUGGUACGAUAGUUACGUAUAAUGAACCCCUGGAGUCCUUAGAUUUAAUAAAAAUAUUAGACGCAUAACUGUGCCAGACCAUACUAUAGUUUUAAAUUAGUUUUGCACCAGUAGCCUCGUCAACGACCGCAUCGAUUCUCGUUACUCGCCAUGCAUUUUUCACAUUUAAACAAAACUACUAAAAAUUCUUGUCUGGAAACGAAGGUUUGGAUUAUCGAGAACAAUCUUAGGUUCUCGUCAUUUUUAUACAAACGAUUUCAUGUAUCUGGCGAGGACCUCGUCCAAUAAAAACCCACCUUCUCCAUUUGUUCUACAUAUUCCAAACUCGUUUUCAAACAUACUUCGCUCAACUUCUCUCGAACCUCCCCUUGAAAUUGAACAGGGUGAAAGAAUGAACGCCCUCGUUACGUCGCGUGGCCGUCAGCAACUUAUUUUCCCCAUUGUGGAAAGUAGCGAAACUCGUGGGAAAGUAUACGUAUAUCCGCACUGCCAAAAACCGAUUUUAAUAACUAGAUUUAAAACGAAGCAAUAGACUUUCAUAGACGCUGUCGCAAUUACUCUCGGUAGGGCCCUCGCGAUUAUGUGGGUCCUUUCAACUCAAGCACAACGAAGUAUCGUUCACGUAGCUCUGUUUAGGAUUAGGGAACCUUCUUUUUGUACUUUGUAAUACCACGGAAUCCUGCGAUUUUUACGCGGAAGACGCACAGGUGCAGACGCCGUUCGAUCGAACGAUGAGUAAUAAACAGCGAGGCGAUUCUUCUUUCUUGAUGGAUUUUUUCCGUUAUUUUUUUGUAUUUUUUUCAUUACGCGAGUCACGCUCUCGCGAAGUCAUACGUAGGUAGGUCAGGGCAUAAUCGGACGACAACUCGUGACAAUACACUCUAGGAAUUCAAUGCCUUCUGAAAUGCCUUCCAAAUGUGGUGUUCAACGUGCCGAAUUGUAUACAAUGGGGAACCAGAUGGAGACCCCGAUGAAAUCUCCUCGGUUCUCGCAACGCGUGCGAUCUACGCGCAGGAUUGCUAUUAAUCCAAUCAUUCUAGAUUAAAACAAGACGUUAUGGAAACACUUUUUGUGAAGCUCAUUUUCUGCAUAAAAAUCAGUCUUUACAAAUACGUAGAAUAUAACGUAUAAUAGACGGGAAGUCAGUUUUUUCAUAGAUAGCUUUAAAACUACCGGAUUUUUGUAUAAUAGUUGUUACUACUAAAAAUGUAGAUAUGGAGAUUUUCUACGAAAAAGAUGUCUCGAGUCUUUUUCGUAUAAUUAGUAGUUUAUGCGUAACUAGAUGAGAGUCCAGAGAAUCGGCUUCAUAAAAAUAUUUUUAUAAUCGAAUCUAAAGUGACUGGAGUAGCAUUUUUCCUGGGCCAUUUUCGGUGUGACUUCCGAUGACGUUCGCCGACAGAUUCAUUUGCUUUCGUGCCGAUGAAUUAAUCACGGUCACCUGCUGGCAACAAUCGAUUCGCGCCAACAUCCUUGUACUCGUUGCUUUAAAAAAAAUUUGACCUCGUCGAAAGAACAGAAAAAGUCUUUCGCGAGAGAAUUUUUAUUUUUUUUUUUAAUUCACAGUAUAUUACGAGAAAAUUUCCCGUUGAUUUUUAGAUCAGUGGCCACGUCAUCGGAAGUCAUCGGUGGGAUCGCAUGCACCGCGUAAAAAGAAAAAACCGUCUUACGUCCACGUAGAGUUAGAUACCUCGCACUCGAGUUUGAUAUUUCAUUAGAACCACACGUGCGCGCGCGCGUAGUCGCCGACGCGUAGACAGGAGUAGAGUAAUAAUCGUCAUUGUUUCUUCAGGUGCAUCCAAGAGACAGAGCCGCGCACCCAUCGCUCAUGGUACCCGAAAUCGUCUGACUCUCGCUCGAAGAUACGCCUAACUGUUCCAGAAAUACAGAUCUGCUUUCUGCCACGAGAUGAUAUCUGACCCACACGGAGGUGUAGAUGUAGGAUGAUUUUUCAUAACUCUCCGUAGUUGGCACCUGUCUAAGUAAAAAUUUGUGAUACCUUUUGAAUGAUGUGGGAGAGAUACAUCUGUUGUUGUAUAAAGUACAUAUAUAUCACGUGAAACUAUGCAAUUACAAGGCGUAAUGCAGAUCUUCGAGCGAGAGCAGAUCGUUUCACGAUCACCUCGUUAGUUCCUCCUCUUUUGAUGCGAGCGUGAGUGGAACCGCGAGGUCGUCGAAGUUUCGUCGACGAGAAACAGUUUCCACUAAAUCGAUUUUUUUUUUUUAGACUACAAGAAUGCCUUCCCGAGCAGCUUGCUACGUACCUUUAUCACUCUCGUCGCUAAUUAUUUAUUUAAUCUUUCCCUUCCAUCGCGACAAGGAAAGAUCGAGACUUCGAGGACGCUCGCGUGUAUGUUGUGCCGAGACUCGCGUGUCGCGAGUAAUUGCGUGGCAAUGCGAGCGUGCGAACGGCACCAUGUAAUUAGUGUAUUAACGAGCAGUAAUUUCGUUAUAAAUCCCCUCGCUGUGUAUAAUCGCGGGCGAACAACGCGCGACGAGACGCGGUGACAGUCGCCGCGUGGCUUUUCCGCUCGUCGGACCCCGUGGUUUCGCGUUUAUGCUCACGACUCGAUCUGCUCGAUGAUCGAUGGAUCGCGUACGAUCGAGCACGACCGCGACGAAGCUGUCGACAGAGGUAGAUAGCGUCGUCGAGCUGAAUUUGUACGAAAUGGCAUGAUUGGAACCACGGGGAGAUUUCAUAAUUAUUCAUUCGAUAAUAAAACAACUUGUAGACCGUGUUAGCAGGUCGUGUAAUAUUUAAUAUGACAGUUCGUUCACCGAAUGAAGUUACAUCUAUGACUGUCACCAGUUUGCGCCCGCAUUGAACGUCCCUCGCCAUCUUGUCCUUGUAGAUAACAUUCUCCCGUCAUUAUUGUAUCACGUGUAAUUAUAGCGGAUGUUAGAUCGCGAUCAUAUGAUAAUGUUGUUCUAACCACUAAUUGUAAGCGUGUAUGUUAUUAUCGUCCGUCUAUCAUUCGUGUAGGGUUGCCACCCUUUCGCUUUACUUACAAGAUUCCCAUCGAAAGGGAACCCCCUUUGGAAGGAAUGUGCAAAUCCAUCAAAAUGUAUCGAUAAUCAGCAAGAUUUUGUUCAAAAGAGUUACAACAGUCAAUCAGUUAUGAUUGUGGAUGGCAAGCCUUGUUAGAAGAGGAAUUAAUUUUGAAAUUCUUCGAGCUGAUAGCUGGACGGACCCUCACUGUACAUUAACUUAACACUCGAUGUAGUUCGUCGAAUAGGUAGCGUAAUCUAAGCUAAGGAACACCCGUAGCCUUAAACUAAUUUAUUGAGAGUAGUUGUUGGCGCAUGAACAAUAAGAGGAGCGUGUAGAGUAAUGCUAUCGAUAUAUCCGAGAUACUCGAGUACCCCGCAAAGUACCUGGCUCGAAUACUUCGUUCGCACUCGAAUGGCGACGAAAAUUUAACGAUAAGACAGAGUUACUUUGUAACGAGUGGGGAAGUUGGAUUAUACGCGUAAUUUGAAGGGCACUGACCAAUUCGGAGAUUAGCAUUUUUACUUUACAAUGUCGGAGUA